AUCCUGUAAAAGCCCAGCCCAUCAUCUAACGGUCUUUUCCUUUCUCAGGACAGAAUGAGAAGCAGGAAGAAACACAGAUAAAACCCAGCGUGUUAAGUUUUGUUCGACAGAGUUCAUACUACGGUACACACUACUUAAACUUUAUAGACUGAAAAACAAUGAAUAUCAUCAGACACCUCCAACUGCCAGCGUUCCCAACAGAAACACAUCGUGUAAUACAGUGUGUAUUUGACAACAACCUCGAGGAGCUAAAAGAAUUACUAAAGAAGAACGACAUUAAUGAGAUUUACUCAUGCACAGUGUGUAAAGACUACGUAACCCCACUGACUGCUGCGGUUGUAACUCACAACUGGGAUAUCUUUACUUUCCUUUUGCAGCAGGGUGCAGACCCAGACAAUGCUUCAGCACUGGAAUUGACACCUCUGCAUUAUGUCUCACUAUCCCAAGCACCAAUUGAUUUUGUGGAGAAACUGCUUGAAGCACGAGCUAAUCCACAUGGAUGUAAUCUACAGCCAUACACACCACUGCAAGCUGCUGCCAUCAAAGACAGGGAGGAUGUUGUGAAAGUGCUCAUCUCUGCUGGUGCAGCAGUGACAUUACUUGUCACUCAUCCUCAACAUGUGACUCACAAUGAAAAAAUAAGUCAGAUGAUUCACAAGCUCGCAUCAAAAGGAGAUAAAUCAUACUCAGAAAUCAGAUAUUUCCUUGAUGUGGAAAUUGCUGUGCAAAGUAAAACACCUGAACAGGUGUUUCAAACUUUUGACAGUCACAUGCUGCUGGAGGAUCCUCAGACCCAUCGGACCAUUAUUGAAGUUCUUUUUAAUGUAACUGGGCCAGAUGAAGAGAAAUACCGCCAUGGAAGUAUUAAAUGGCUGAAGGACCCUGGAAAUCUGAACACCUACAUUGAAGGAGCAGUCAGACGCUUUCCACACAUUCCCAAGGAAUAUGUACGUGACACUAUAAUUACUUUACAUGCAGUUCUGUGUACUGUGGAGGAAAUACCAAAUGAACAAGCACAAGCUUUAGUCCCCAAACUACUGGACAGGCUUCGCUUAAAAAACAAACCUGAAGUAUGUGGACCUGUUCUGCGAACACUGUAUGUGAUAACACAGAAAACAGAAGACACAGCUGGCUGGGAUCUGAACUUCACUGAGAAGUUUUGUAAAGCAGUUGCUCCUUUUGUGCAAGACAAACACUUAAUGAGCAGAAGAGUCUUUGCAUACGGCAUAUUUGGAAACCUGCUGUCAUGUAAACAUGCUGGUAACAUCUUAUCAUCAGUGGGAGUAACGUCAGUUCCUGAAGACAUACUGAUGUCGGCAGAGAUGAAGAUGCUACAAGAUCUAAAAGAAGUCCUCAGACGACUGAACAAUCAUUUCAGCAAACCAAACAUGGAAGCUGAAGACAGUACAGCCUCACCUGGGCCGAGGAAAAAGAAGAACAAGAAGAAUGAAAAAUCAGACAGGGAAGAAGACCCAAAUGACAAGUGUUUGAGUGAUGCAACUGAUCCAACAUCAGUUCCUGUUGUGGAAUCAACUUCAAAUGUUCAGCCACUCCACUCCAACACCACUGUGUCAUCACAUACACACACAUGGCUACAAAUCAGCAAGAGGUGGAGAGAACAAUUACAGAAGCUCAUUAGCACUGAUGAAAGCAGAGUAAGCAGAGUUGGGAGCAUGAUUUAUGUGAAUGAUAAAGAGUUCUGCAUAGCGAAGGGCAGUGAUGGUACUGACGUCUUCUUGGGGCUGAGAGAUGAUGGCACUGAGGUCGCUAUCAAGAGAAUGACUAAAAGUAACUAUCAAACGCUGAGGAAUGAGGAGGGAUUUCUACGACUUCCAGAACUUGAUCAUCCAUCUAUUGUACGAUGUAUUGACUUUGCAGAGGAUGAGAACUUUGGAUAUCUUGGUCUUCAGCUAUGUGAAUAUAACCUGGAAGAAUGCAUCAGAAACAAUGAUGCUGGUCUGCUGAAAGAGAAACUUGUCUAUGAGGUUCUGGAGAGUUUACAAGUGCUUCACUGUCAAAAUCCUCCAAUUGUUCACCGUGAUCUCAAACCACAGAAUGUUUUGAUUGAUGUUAAUGGGAGGGCAAGAUUAGCAGAUUUUGGCAUCAGCAGACGGUUACUCAGUGCAGGAAGAGGCUGGAUGGCCAGGGAGACUUUAACAGACGAAGGUGACAUACGACACAAGCGGAGCACAGAUAUACAGGUGGCAGGGAUGCUGAUUUAUUACAUCCUCUCUGGAGGACACCAUCCUUUCGGUGACAAGCUUCAUAAAUGUGAGUACAACAUUGAUGAAGGUUUGUACUCGUUGGACCAUGUUGAAGAUGUGGUGGCAAAGGACCUCAUCGAGUGGAUGAUCAGUAAAGAACCAGAGAACAGACCUACAGUGGAGGAAUGCUUGAGUCAUCCCUUCUUCUGGAAACCUGAGAGGAGACUUGAAUACUUGAGAAGGAUCGGAAACAUCAAGGAGGUGGAAAAGUGGAAAGAUGCCGACCAGGAAUUAAUUUCUUCGUUGGAGAAAUGUGUCGGGGAUGGAUCGUUCAAACAGUGGAAAACUGAGUUGGCAGAGUUGGUGAAGAAGAUGGAUCCCAAAAACAGAUACGAUGACAGCACACUGGCAUUCCUGCGCUUCAUACGAAACCUCCACGAGCACUAUCCCGAGGACGCGGCCGAUGUUGAUCUGAUGUCGAUGUUUCCAGAUCUCUUCGGGUGUGUUUAUCUGUUUGCCAACAGCAGAGGGUGGAACUCACGGGCGCCUCUGAAGGAAAUGUUUGGAACAAUGUUCUCCAGAGUUGUAAAGCCAUCCACAGAGAAGAAAGUUGGUGACCUGUUGACAGACAAAUGGCAACCAAUCAGCAAGAGAUGGAGAGUAAAAUUACAGAAGCUGGUCAGCACUGAUAGAAGCAGAGCAACCAGAAUUAGGAGCAUGAUUUAUGUGAAUGAUGUGGAAUUCCGCAUCGCGAAGGGCAGUGACGGCACUGAAGUCUUCUUGGGGCUGAGAGAUGAUGGCGCUGAGGUCGCUAUCAAGAGAAUGACUAAAAGCAACUAUCAGGAGAUGAAUAUUGAGAAGGAAUUUCUGCGACUUCAAAUUCUGUUCAUUGUACGAUACCUUUACUUUGCAGAGGAUGAGUACUUUGGAUAUCUUGGUCUUCAGCUUUGUGAAUACACCCUGGAAGAAUACAUAAAAAACAAUGUUGCUGGUCUGCUGAAAGAGAAACUUGUCUAUCAGGUUCUGGAGAGUUUAAAUGCGCUUCAUUCACAUGAUCAACCAAUUCUCCACCGUGAUCUCAAACCACAGAAUGUUUUGAUUGAUGUCACCGGGAGGGUGAGAUUGGCAGAUUUUGGCAUCAGUAGACAGUUAUCCACAGGACAAACAACUUGUCGCACAGGCAGAGCAGGAACUAAAUGCUGGAUGGCCAGGGAGACUUUAACAGGAGAAACUGCCAUAAGAUACAAGCGGAGCACUGACAUACAGGUGGCAGGAAUGCUGAUUUAUUACAUCCUCUCUGGAGGACACCAUCCUUUUGGCGACAAACCUCAUAAAUGUGAGAACAACAUUGAUGAAGGUUUGUACUCGUUGGACCAUGUUGAAGAUGUGGUGGCAAAGGACCUCAUCGAGUGGAUGAUCCACAAGGAACCCAAAAAGAGACCUACAGUGGAGCAAUGCUUGAGUCAUCCCUUCUUCUGGAAACCUGAGAGGAGACUUGAAUACUUGAGAAGGAUCGGAAACAUCAAGGAGGUGGAAAAGUGGAAAGAUGCCGACCAGGAAUUAAUUUCUUCGUUGGAGAAAUGUGUCGGGGAUGGAUCGUUCAAACAGUGGAAAACUGAGUUGGCAGAGUUGGUGAAGAAGAUGGAUCCCAAAAACAGAUACGAUGACAGCACACUGGCAUUCCUGCGCUUCAUACGAAACCUCCACGAGCACUAUCCCGAGGACGCGGCCGACGUUGAUCUGAUGUCGAUGUUUCCAGAUCUCUUCGGGUGUGUUUAUCUGUUUGCCAACAGCAGAGGGUGGAAUUUAAGGUCACCUGUGAAGGAAAUGUUUGGACCGAUGUUCUCCAGAGUUGUAAAGCCAUCCACAGAGGAGGAUCAUGUCGGCAGGCCAGUUCAAGAAUCUCAGCUUCUGUCUGGGGCAAUUCCAAAGUGACAAUACUUUGAGUGAGCAGGGUCUUUACUGUAGAAAAGAAACAGUCCUGCCACAACUGAGUUGAUGUGAUUGAACUGCAUUAAUGCAACAGACCUGAUGCUGGGUGGUUGUAAAUCAGCACCUGAAUUUCUACGUUUGCUUAUUUUGCCACUGAUCUGGAGCUUCAGAGUCAACUGUAUAGUACAAAGUCAAGUCUACAAGCCUCUGGAUGUUUCCACAUUAACUAAAUGCAACCUUUCUUUUUGGCCUAUCACUGAAAAAAAACUCUUCAGGUAUAUAAAUGAGUCCUGAUGUAUUUCUACAUCAACUCCAACAGCAGGAGCUUGACCCUGGUCUGUUAUUGACACGGCUGAGGUUAAAGACCUGUACUUAAAACAAAUAGAGAACAUGUGAGUUGAAAUUCUUUGCUUAUGUGAGGAGGGCGUCAAAAAUGUAAGAAUAAAUCUGAAGUGCUUCCUCUCAUUAAGUGAACACUGUAAUUAAAACAAUGUGAUAGAAUAUAAAAGCUUUACAACAUGCAGGUUGUUUUUAAAGAGAUAGUUUUUGGAAGGAUUCUCUGCAUUAUAAGGUUUUCUGUUGGUUAUAAAAAUGAGUGUGUGAUCAUGUUUGUUUUAGGAUGAAGGCUCAGUAAGAUCACAUCUAACCUCCAUAUUAUAAUGUGUUUCUUUUUAUAUGGUGUAAUAUCACAAUAUGAUGUGGGAAUUAUCUUACUUUCCUCACAAAGGACAGUGGAAUCUUUAUUUUCCACCAAAUGUUAGUGGAGUUUUUACAGACAGAUGAUACAUGUGUGGUCAUAUAGAGAGUACUAAUAUUAUACUGAUAGUUUUCUUAAAUGGUCUUUUUGUUGUGUUGUAUGAAAGAAAACAAACCAAAACACAUUGAUAAUAAAGUGGAUGGUAGAGUUUUUUCCUAUUUGUCUUUUAUUAUCUUUCUCUCUUUUAUUUUGACAGUGACAGGCUUUGUGCCCUUAUUGUGUUAAAACUGCAAUUGAAUAUAAUCUG